AUGGAGGCUUUCCCCUGGGCGCCCCGCUCGCCCCGCCGCGGCCGCGCCCCCGCGCCCAUGGCGCUCGUGCCCAGUGCCCGCUACGUGAGCGCCCAGGGCCCGGCGCACCCGCAGCCCUUCAGCUCGUGGAACGACUACCUGGGGCUCGCCACGCUCAUCACCAAGGCGGUGGACGGAGAGUCGCGCAUCGGCUGCACCCGCGGUGGGGACGGUGGUGGUGGUGGUGGUGACAGUGGUGGUGGCGGCGGCGGCUGCGGCUCCCCGCCCUCCUCUUCCUCCUCGUCCUGCUGCUCCCCCCACGUGGGGGCCGGGCCCCGGGCGCCGGGGCCGACACUGGGGCCGCCCGACUACGACGAGGACGACGACGACGACGACAGCGAUGAGCCAGGGUCCCGGGGCCGCUACUUGGGCGGAGCGCUGGAGCUGCGCGCGCUGGAGCUGUGCGCGGGCCCCGCCGAGGCCGGGCUGCUGGAGGAGCGCUUCGCCGAGCUCAGCCCGUUCGCGGGUCGCGCCGCGGCGGUGCUGCUGGGCUGUGCGCCCGCUGCCACCACGGCCGAGGUGACGCCACGCGAGGAGCGGGCCCCGGCGUGGGCGACCGAGCCUCGCCUCCACCCGGCCUCUGGGCCGGCCGCCGCCCGGCUGCUCAAGCCCGAGCUGCAGGUGUGCGUGUUCUGCCGGAACAACAAGGAGGCGGUGGCGCUCUACACCACCCACAUUCUCAAGGGCCCCGACGGGCGAGUGCUGUGCCCGGUGCUGCGCCGCUACACGUGUCCCCUGUGCGGCGCCAGCGGCGACAACGCGCACACCAUCAAAUACUGCCCGCUCUCCAAAGUGCCACCGCUGCCAGCCGCCCGCGCGCCGCCGCCACCGCGCAGCGCCAGGGACAGCCUGGCCGGCAAGAAGCUGCGCUGA